AUGGCUGAACUUGCCUCGGGCAUCGCAGGAAAGAUCUUGGAGAAGCUGGCAUCCCUUGCUUACGAAGAGUUCAGCUUGGUAUGGAACGUCAAAAGUGAGCUGAGAGAGCUUGAGCUCACCAUGACAACCAUUCAAGCCGUGCUCUUGGAUGCUGAAGAGAAGCAAGCUAGCAAUGGCCUGCUGAGCAUCUGGCUGAGGCAGCUCAAAGAUAUUUUUUUUGAUGCUGAGGAUGUGCUUGGUGAAGUUGAGUACGGAGUUCGGAAGAAGGAAGUGAUCAGAACAUAUGGGCGCACUAGUAGAGAGGUAUGUGAUUUCUUUUCAUGCUGUAGCACCCUUGCAUUCCGUCAUCAACUAGGUCACAAAAUCAAGGACAUUAGUAAGAGGUUAGGUAAGAUUGCAGCUCAUAAGGAUCAAUUUAAUCUUAUACCUCGACUUGAAGAUAGGCAUGUCAUGCAUGGGAGGAGGGAUAUGACCCACUCAUUUGUUCCUCCUUCCGAAGUCAUUGGUAGGAAGAAUGAUAAAGAAAAAAUAAUAAGUCUUUUGAGGCAACCUGAUGCUAACAUGCAUGAUAAUGUACAUGUAAUUCCUAUAGUUGGAUUAGGAGGGUUGGGGAAGACCACAAUUGCUAAGUUGGUAUACGAUGAUGAACGUGUAGCCAAUCAUUUCAAAUUGAGAAUGUGGGUUUGUGUGUCUGAGGAUUUUGAUGUUCCUAGAUUAAUAAGAGAAAUCCUUAAAUCUGCAACUCCUGAAAAAAUUGAUGAGACGUUGGGUGUAGAUUUGUGUCAAACUAGAUUAAGAGACUGUUUAAAGAACAAGAAAUUUCUACUUGUUUUAGAUGAUGUUUGGAAUGAAGAUCGUAAUAAAUGGAUUGAGUUGAAAGGAAUUUUAAGUGGUGGUUCAGAUGGAAGUACAAUUGUAGUGACAACACGUAGUUAUAGGGUUGCCUCCAUUGUGGGAACUGGUCCCACAUACACUUUAAAUUGUUUACCCGAAGCUGAUUGUUUGUCUUUAUUUGUGAAAUGGGCAUUUAAGGAAGGAGAAGACAAACAAUAUCCAAACCUCUUAGAAAUUGGAAAAGAAAUUGUGGGAAAAUGUAAAGGAGUUCCAUUGGCAAUAAGGACUCUAGGUAGCCUACUUUUCUCAAAGGUUGAUGAACGGGAGUGGAACUUUGUGAAAGAUAAUGAGAUAUGGAAAUUAGAACAAAAUGAUGAUGAUAUUUUACCCGCAUUAAAAUUGAGUUAUGAUCAAAUGCCAUCUCAUUUGAAGCAAUGCUUUGCCUUCUGUUCUCUCUUUCCAAAGGAUCAUUGGUUUGAAAGUGAUGUAUUGAUUCAAUUUUGGAUGGCGUAUGGACUCCUUAAUAAAACGCCUAAUAAUAAUAAUAAUAAUCAACAUAUAGAGUUUGAAGAUGUUGGCGACAUGUAUAUCAAGGAGUUGUGGUCCAGAUCUUUCUUCCAAGAUGUUGAGAAUGAACUCUGGCACUAUAGGUUGCACAAGAAGAGUGUUUAA